UACGUCACUAACACAUCACACUAUCACAUCAACUAGGCCACUACAUCACACUCCACCGCUACCACAGUCACGCUGCGCGUUUACCGCUACCACAUCACACUAUACGCUACCAAAUCAUUACCACAUCGCUACCACAUCACAUGUACCGUACCACAUCACGCUUUACGCUACCAUAAUCACACCACACCACUACCACAUCACCACUAUAACGCUACCACAUCAUACCACCCCGCUUCCACAUCACACUCUUCGUCACAACAUCACACUAAUACCACUACAUCACUACACCAGUAAAUCCACACUGUCCAUUACCACGUCACACUACACCAUCACAACGCCCCACUUCAACCCCACUACCACUUCACAUCACAUACCACCACCACCUUCAUCGCCACCCACCACCAACCCCGCAAUACCGAACCACCAUUACCCACACCACGAAUCACUCACCACACUACCCCACCUAGUGACUAAACCACCAACAGCAACACUCCACGUCACACCACUCACCAUCACCACCAACACCAUACCACACCAAUCACCUCACUACAACCGCCACAUAAACCACCAACCACGCCCCUACGACCACACCACUCUUUCACUGCGCACUCUCACUACCACCGCAGCACCACUACUACCACACCUUGACUUCACGAACCAUCGCACUCCAUCAAUACCACCAGACUCCAACAUUCACCACCCCCCGCAUCAACCACCUCCAGUCCCACAUU